GAUUCUUGAGCUCCAAUUCCUAUGUUUUAUUUCAUCAUUAGAACUAGUUUUGUUCAUGGGAGGCAAACCAUUGCAGCCUCUCAAAGUUCCAAUCUUUUAAUCUUUAAACGAUCAAUUGGUCUUAGAUUAUUCUCCAAUAGCUCAAAUGGACACUCAUUUACGGUUUCAUACCUUAUAAACAAAUGUGGGUUCUCCCCAGAAAUGGCUUCUCGGGUUUCAAAUUUUGUUCAUUUUGAAACCCCUGAAAAGCCUGAUUCUCUGAUUGUUUUCCUGGAAAAUCAUGGGUUUUCACAGACCCAAAUCGUAAAACUCAUCAAAAGAGAGCCGACUUUGCUUCUUUCUGAUACUGAGAAAACCCUUUUGCCCAAAUUAGAGUUUCUUUACUCUGUAGGUUUUUCAAGGCCUGAGCUUGCUAAACUCUUGAGUAGCCAUCCCCAUCUACUGAAAUAUAGUUUAAAGAAACAAAUUAUCCCUUCGUUUAAUUUACUGAGGGAUUUGUUUCAAUCCGAUGAUAAGACUAUCAAGGCUAUAAAACGAUUUGCUGGUAUUCUUGUCUAUGAUUCCAAGUCAUAUUUGUAUCCGAAUAUGAAUGUUUUGAGAGGGAAUGGAGUCCCUGAAUCAAAUAUCCUUGUGCUGCUUAACCGUUAUCCUCGAACAUUUUUGUAUAAUCCGGUUAGGCUUAAGGAGAUUGUGGAGGAAGUCAAAGUAAUGGGAAUUAAUUCUUCAACGAAGAAGUUUCUUGCUGCGGUUAUUGCUUUGACAUCAAUGAGCAAAUCCACACUAGAGAGGAAAUUUGAUGUAUAUAGGAGAUGGGGUUGGUCGGACCAAGAGAUUCAUGAAGCUUUUCAAAGGUAUCCGUCGUGUAUUGAGGUUUCGGAGGAUAAGAUCAUGGCUAUAAUGGACUUUCUUGUGAACAAAAUGGGCUACAAUUCGACUCUUAUUGCCAAACAAUCAAGUGUUUUAGGUCGGAGCUUAAAGAGGAUUGUUCCGAGGGCUUUGUUUGCUCGAGAAUUGUUGUCACUGGGUUUGAUUCGAAUCACUGUCUUUGAUACAAGUUGAAGCCGGAGUUUAGCUUUGCUGGUUCAUACAGUCACCUUUACAAGAUGGUGUCCAACAUAAAUCAAUGAAAUCCUUUUCAUAUGGAUGAAUCGAACUUAUGAUAUUGGAUUGUUAAAAUAUUAAUUGUAUAAGAAGUUACGGAAUUGUGUAAAACCAUUUAUGUUUUACAUCGAUGUAAGUGGUUCAUCUAAAUUGAUGUAUUUAUUGAAAUGUGUACAAUUGAAUUAAAACUAAAUUUUCUGAUAUAUAUAUAUUUAAACCAAAUUCAAAA